AAAGGAUCUAAAUCUAGAGAUUAGAUCUAGAGUUAGAGCGACUUGUCUAGAGAGUCUCCUAUUCCUAUCAGAAUUCUGACAUUUGUCUUAGACUUAGAGACUGACUGAAAAAUGAAAGUAGACUCUCUACGACCUAGAUUAUCAUAGAAUCUAGAUCCUAGUUUUAGAUCAAUCUAAAGUCAGUAAGGGAUCCAAGGUAGACAAGAGUAGAUCAUGUACUGAAGUAGAUCUAGAAUGUCUAGUCUAGUAGAGAUCUAUCUAUAGUCUCCUGCACAGUUGGGUGAGGUAGAGAAUUAUCUAGUCAGUCUAGAUCGUCCAGAUAUUGUCAAGUCACAAAGUUUUUAUAAACUAUCAAAACACAAUCAGAAUGAAAGUCAGUACUACACCAAGGGGCUCCUUGAUUGUGUUUGAAGGCUGUGAUAGAUCUGGCAAAACCACACAGUGUGCAAAACUUGUAGAAAGCCUACAGGCUCAAGGAGAAGAAGUGAAGCUAAUGAAAUUCCCAGAUAGGACCACAACCAUUGGCACAUUGAUCAACAACUAUUUGCAGAUGUCACAGGAAUUGGACGACAGAGUUGUCCAUCUAUUAUUUUCAGCCAAUAGAUGGGAAGCAAUUGAAUCUAUGAAAAAGACUUUAAAAGCAGGCACAACAUUGAUUGUUGAUCGCUAUGCUUUUUCAGGAAUUGCAUAUUCUGCAGCUAAAGGUUUGGACUUAGAAUGGUGCAGAAGUCCUGAUAUUGGUCUGAUCAAACCAGACAAAGUCAUUUAUCUGUCUGUCAAUGAACAAAUAAUGUCUGAAAGAGCCAACUAUGGAAAUGAACGCUAUGAAAAAAUUGAUUUCCAGAAACGUGUUCAUAAUAUUUUUCUUCAGUUGCAGGAACCAUAUUGGCAGAAUGUCAGUGCAGAUGGCAGUAUUGAUGUCAUACACAAGGAAAUCAACACAAUUGUCAGUGAGACAAUAAGAGAUUCUAAAGUCAAACCUUUAUUAAAGUUAUGGACUGAUGGAGAGAUAUUGUAAUGUGUUCACUUUCCUGACAGUUGUAAAAUAUGAAUAAAUUGUACAUAAAGGUAUCA